AAGAGUAACACUGCCAUCUCGCUCGUCCUCUAGUAAAGUUCCUUGAGGUUGAUCGCGCAGCAAAAUAUAACUCGUGUCUGAAUUCUCUUGAUUGGAUUGGAAUUUAAUAAAAUAUACGUUUGGAAACUUGCUGAAACAUAUUGGAUAUAGUGCGUUAUUGAUAACAUCGCGAGGAAAAAAGACUUACGUUUGCUGAAAUGAGAAGAACGCAACUGAAAAAAUAGAACGCGUUUGUAUUGAUUUGCUCGAGUGUUUAGUAGAACAGUGUGUUGAAAGGGUUGGGAAUAAUAAACUUUAUGUGUGCGUGUGCAGUAUUUACAAAACUUUAUCUAAGAAUUUUCAUUUUAAUUUGCAAAACAAAACACUAUUUUCUCGGUUGUAAAAAAAUACAAAACUUCAAUGCAUAUCGGUUCAUAAGAGUAUGCAUGGAUCAAUUGUUAGGUGCACACAGUAAAUGAGUUGAAUUUCCAAAUAAAGAUCGGAAAGGUAUGUCAAGCGGUACAACCAAAUUUCAUAUGCCCCAGCCAUUAAAGCAGGAAAUUAAAAAGGAACAUCAGUCGGCAACUGUAGGAAGCACUACAGGCAGUACAAACGGAGGCGCUAACGUGUUAAAAGUGUUCCAGAACCCGCACCAAUUUGCUGUAUCUAAGGGAACAACCACUGUAGAGGAUAAUGGUGCUACUGGGGCAUUAAAAACUUCUACAACCUCAGCGGAUUAUGUUUCUAGUAGUGGAAGUUUCGAAAUGGCAGAUACUGGUAACGGUGAGGUGAAAGUUGUCAUUAAACAACAAACUGGAAGCGGAACAGAAACGGAAUCCAUCGAACAACAAGAACAAAGUAUUAUUGCUGCUCUGUAUCAGCAGCAGCAACAAAAUCUGUCAAAAAAUGGUAACAACAGAAUGUCUUCUCAGCGGUCAUCUCCUGUUUCAUCCCCUUCACCACCUCCUCAGCAAACCACCAAUACGACGACGACCACAUCGGGUCAAAAACUAAGCAACGGAUCUAACCCAUCUGCAAAGAUGAGCACAGUAAAUACUGCCUCUUCGGCAACCGGAAACAAUACGCCAAAUACGGCCAACUUUCACAAUUUUAUUGGUCGUCUCAUCAGCAAAGAUAACAUGCUGCUAAUAAGUGAAGACAUUAUCGAAGUUGGGCGGAAUUCAUCCAAAUCACAAGUCGAUUUUCAUGUGGGAAAAAACAGUUUUGUCUCACGGAAGCACUUCAUUAUACAACACGACAUGAACGACGAUUUCAACUUGUUUUGUCUCAGCAAGAACGGAGUUUUUAUCGAUAAUGUAUUUCAUCGAAAGUGUGCUGAGUCCUACAAAUUGCCGAAAGUCUGCAGCAUUCGUUUUCCCAGUACAAAUAUCAAGAUUCAAUUUGAGAAUCUAAUUGACCAGGCGAAUAACGGUGGAAUUUCAAUAGAUCUGAAUCAGCAUACUCCGAUCAAGGUGGGAACUGGUUCAGGUGGUAGUGCAGUAGCUGCUGCAGCAGCUAUAGCCGCAGCCGGUGGCAAUCUGAAUGUUGGUGUUGGGGGUGGUGGAGCUGGCAACAAGUCACCGUCAUCGAAUAUCAUCUACUCUCCGCUAAAAAUUUCCAUUCCUGAGCAAAGUAGCAGCGGUGGGAACGCGAAUAUGGCAGCCGACAUUCGCGGUCAUCAUCCUAGUGGUGGCGGAGGUGGGCGUGAUAGUGGUAUACAUAUUGGCGGAAGUGGAUAUCCAUCACCAACGGGAACGAUCAGUGCAGCUAACAGUUGCCCCACUAGUCCAAGGCAGAAUGUGCACGAGUUUCCGCAGUAUAGUCACAAUAGUCAUAGUAGCAACAACAAUAACAACUACUCCCAGGAAUUUCAAGCACCUGCGUCUCAAUCUAUGUCCGAUAGUGACAAACCUCCUUAUAGCUAUGCACAACUAAUAGUGCAGGCGAUUUCUGCAUCACCGGAAAAGCAGCUCACACUGUCUGGCAUCUACUCGUUCAUAUCGAAAAACUAUCCAUAUUACAGAACAGGAGCCAAUAAAGGUUGGCAAAAUUCUAUUCGUCAUAAUCUCAGCUUGAACAGAUACUUCAUAAAGGUGCCACGGUCGCAAGAUGAGCCAGGAAAGGGUAGUUUUUGGCGGAUAGAUCCACCCAGUGAACUUAAGCUCAUCGAUCAAAGCUAUCGAAAGCGACGCCAGAGAGGAUCACAGUGUUUCCGAACACCAUUCGGCAUGCCUCGUUCUGCACCGGUUUCACCCAGUUACAUAGAUAACUCCCGAGAAGGAUCACCGAUUAAUGAAGAGUUGCUGCUCUCUGCACCUGGUUCGCCUGGUCAGAAUAACAGCGCAAAUGUGAGCUAUAACUCAAGUAAUCGCGACGGAUCACAACAGUCGUCCUAUCAGCAUCAGUAUAAUGCAUACGCCAGUAGUACCGAUCACCAAGGAAAUGAGAUUUAUGAGGACGAUGACCAGGUUGAGUAUGACAGUGGAGAUGAUUACGAUGCACCGGCAAUCAAACGCUCGAAAAUGUAACUUCCAUUUGUAACACCUAGAGAAAACGAACCACAAUCGCAGGCAUCUGCAAUGGUAAUAUCCAGGAAAUAUUCUUUGAUGUGGUAUGUUUUACUAUUACUACAUGUUCAACAAAAGCAAAUCAUUGCACACGAAAAAACACCGAACAAUUCUUAAAUACAACAAAAGAAAAAAAAUCAGUUUUAGCGCUCUUGAUGGUCUCUUCACGUUCAUUGUGGGUUUAUUACCCUCUAACACACAAUUUUCAAUGUUCGUGUAAACAAUUUCUUACACAUUGGAAAUAAAAUCACACAGCACAUUCACUAAAACAGUAAAGCACUCACCCAUGCAUAUACAUAUUGUGACUUUUUUUCCUUCAGUAAUCGCAAAGAAGAAAAAGUUAGAUUAAUGGAAGUAAGUGAAUCCAAAACAAUACAACUUAUAUAAAUACGGUAUAUAAACUGGAAAAUUUGCAAAAGAAACUACAUUUAGAAAGCUAGUUAUUAAUAAAUGUGAACAGAAUGCAUACAAAUUUAAAGGUACACUAAUUUAACUCUGAGUAAAUGAGAUAUGGAAGUAUUUAGUGUUUAGUAAUAUGUCUCUUUUAUUGAAUAAAACAAGUUAUAUAUAUAUACAACUAUAGAGAAAAAACUGCAAUAUGUUCACGACGUGGCAUUGCAAAAUCUUUAAAGAGACAGAUAAAUAGAAUAAUCACACAGCACUAGCAAGUUGGUGAAUUUUUAUCAAUUUGUUUUGUGAAUGUAAUGCAGAGAUCAGUUAGAGUAGGCAAAAUGAAUUUAUACAAAACAACUUCCACUUCUACCAGCACAUUGAACAUGGAAUGAAAGUUAUGUUUAGCUCUGCUUCAUAGCAACAUGGAGAAAACCAGCUAGUAAAGUCUGUUACUCUGUUAAAAGGGACAAGUCACAGUUUCACUACUGGUCAAUGCUGAAAAUAGAAAAAUUAGUGAAAGGCAAACUAGCUCUAAAGUUGAAAAUUCGAUAUCAAUAAAAUUGAUUACACCAUAGUUUUUUUUAAACAAAAAGCAUAAGUGUAGUAAUGGUCUCACGGCAUUUGAAUUAACACUGUAAUUAAUUUUUGAAAUGAUGCACGCGCGUUCACGUGUUGGCAAUGCGUGAUCCUCUGAGGAAAGGAAUGUCGACAUAGUUUAUUCGAAUUGGAGCCAAGCUUGACUUUGACUUUUUCAUUGCUUUAAUGUUUCGGUUAAUUUCGGUGAACGAUACCAAUAACCGAUAAAAGGAUAAAAGAAAAACAAACAAAAUAAGAAAUAAUGCUGACAACAGUGCUGUAUAACUUAAUUGUAUUUGUUUAAAUGUAAAUUUAUUAACAACAUAAAAACGAA